GGGGGGUGGGGGGCACGCGCAGACAGCAGGGAGCAGCUGCAGCAGCAGGAUCUCAGUGCAUUUCGCUGCAUUUGCUACUGACACCUCAACGUUUGCAGCAAGAAAAAGCAGAGUAAAGUGCAUUCCUUCAAAAUGGUAGAUCGCGAGCAACUGGUGCAGAAAGCCCGGCUGGCCGAGCAGGCUGAGAGAUACGAUGAUAUGGCAGCCGCCAUGAAAUCGGUGACCGAGCUGAACGAGGCCCUGUCCAAUGAGGAGAGGAACUUGCUAUCUGUGGCCUAUAAGAACGUAGUUGGUGCCCGGCGUUCCUCCUGGCGCGUCAUCUCCAGCAUCGAGCAGAAGACCUCAGCCGAUGGCAAUGAGAAGAAGAUUGAGAUGGUGCGCGCCUACCGCGAGAAGAUCGAGAAGGAGCUGGAGGCCGUCUGUCAGGAUGUGCUCAACUUGCUUGACAACUUUCUGAUCAAGAACUGCAGCGACACGCAACAUGAGAGCAAAGUCUUCUACUUGAAGAUGAAGGGCGACUACUAUCGAUACCUGGCCGAGGUGGCCACGGGCGAGAAGAGGGCUACGGUGGUGGAGUCCUCUGAGAAGGCAUACAGUGAAGCUCACGAGAUCAGCAAGGAGCACAUGCAGCCAACCCACCCCAUCCGCUUGGGCCUGGCCCUCAACUACUCCGUCUUCUACUACGAGAUACAGAACGCCCCAGAGCAGGCCUGCCACCUGGCCAAGACCGCCUUCGACGACGCCAUCGCCGAGCUGGACACCCUCAACGAGGACUCCUACAAAGACUCCACACUCAUCAUGCAGCUGCUCCGAGACAACCUGACGCUGUGGACGAGCGACCAGCAGGACGACGAGGGAGGCGAGGGCAACAACUAAGGAUGAAGCCACACUCAGAAAAAAAUUAAAAAGUGAAAAAGGCCCGUGGACUGUGGCAGCCGCUUUUGCCGACGAUACGACCGCAGCACUUAUUUAUUUUUCAGAAAAUAUCAAUUAAAAGAGGGAUGGGGAGGUCACACAUUAGUUCAAAAUGGUUAAAAAUAAUUUUCGAGCUGCCUACUCUGUGACAUUUGCCAAAACACCAGUUAGAGGAUAAAGUCAGUGCGUCAAGAGUGGUUGCCGGUGUGACACGGCGGCCGGACGCUGGCGUAGGGACUGUUCUUGUAGUGAAAACUCAGCGGAGCUGCAUAUUUAACUUUAGGGCCGAGAGAGAUGCAUUUAAAACCGUAGAGAGAUGCAAAGCUUGAGCAGAAACUUGAAUGUCAUCACAUUCGCCAAAAAAAACAAAAAACAAAAAAAAAACCAAAAAAACAAAAUAAAAUUAAAAAUCUUGCAGUGAUUCCAGUAAGCAUGAGAACAGUGCCACAUCUCAGCCAUUUCAGAAGGACUUUGGGAUUCAGGCUACACCCGUUAGCAGUGGAAAUUUCUCAGCCUCUGUAAACAGGCUUUUGUUUAUGAGGAUCCCCAAAUUAAAUUUAUUAUCUCCAUUGCCCCCCCCCCCCCAUUACACUUCAUGCAGUUUUUCCUCAUUGUAUGUUGACUACAUACAAAAAAACACCAUUGUCAUUAUUAUUAUUAUUAUUGGUGUUCAUUAUUAAAUCACUUGGCAAACACCUUUAUCCUGAAAACCUACAAAUGAUACAGCCACAAUGCAUUACGAACAGAACUUUAAGCGUUUUGAAUUCGACAUUGAAAAUUUAUUAUAAUCUCAUAUUUCGAAAAUAGAGGAAAAAAGAAAAUAUGUUAAAGGGAGCAGAGGAACAGUGACCGUUAGGGCUGCAGUCUUGUGCUUCAGUCGUGUGUUUUAUGACUAUUUAUCGUUUGCCGCGCUGACCGUUAGUCCACGGCGUGCGCGUGUGUGUUUGUUGCACCGCCGUUGGCGUGACCCUGUAAAUGCACAGAGCGUUCCGGAAGCGCGUGGCGUUAGGAGACACGGCGAUGCUGCUGGGGGCAGAGCGCUGCCCACCAUCUUAACGCGGCUUUGGGAUUCGUGGUUUACUUUUUGUGUUUUUAUUUUUUUAUUUUGAAGAAUUGCACUUGCCUAUUAUACUGUUUCUUCAGUGUAAGAUGAUUACUGCUCCAAUAUUCUCGAUAAUACAGUAUUGUGCAUGCUGGUGAUGUAUUUAUAUACUGUAGCCUGUCUUUAUUAACUUAUACUGUAGGUGUUAUGUAUUCAUAUGAACAAGAAAGUAACUAGACUUCAGUCAGAUAAUUUUUCUAUUUAUUACCUUUUGUUCGAUUGUUUACGUUUUUGUUUUUUUUUUCAUUUGCUGAAGUACGCUAUACCAAAACAGUGAUUGUUAACAAUAAAUUGAUCUGUUAUGGACUUUGUUAUAGUGA